AUGGGACAGUGCAACACCAGGACAGGUUCUACAACAUCUGGUAAUGGAGUUUCUUCCAACUGCUUGCUAUCAUAUGGUUUUGCUAUUGUUGAAAUUGUUGUUUUUGUUAGUGUUGUCGAUGUCGUUGCUGUUGUUGCAGAUAGUGUAGUCGAAGUUGAACGUGGCAAGUCAGAGUAUGGACCUGCCAACUCAAAUAAGUGUCACCAGCAGAAGCUAAACUUGAUUAAGCCACAAGGCUUCAUCUUUUUAAAGAAUGCAAAGAAUCAUAUUACUGUCAUGUUGGAAAAAGACAUCCUAAAAUAA